GCCUGGGGAGCCCUGGAGGUUUGUCUGCAGGGAAGAGGUGGACAGAGCUGCCAGCCAGUGAGUAAUCAAUUAUGUCGAGUAAAGAAGUUAAAUCUGCCUUGAAAAAUGCCAGAGAUGCUAUAAGAAAUAAAGACUACAAAGAGACACUCAAACAAUGCAAGGCCGUGCUAAAGCUGGAAAAAAAUAACUACAAUGCCUGGGUGUUCAUCGGGUUGGCAGCAGCAGAGUUGGAGCAGCGAGAUCAAGCUCAGGCUGCUUAUAGAAAGGCCACGGAGCUCGAACCGGAACAGGUGCUGGCAUGGCAGGGAUUGGGAAACUUAUACGAGAAGGUGAAUCAAAAUGAUUUUACACAAGACUUGCCAAAUGUAUAUCAAAAGCUUCUGGAACUUUACAAAAGUACUGACAAACAGAAGUGGUAUGAAGUUUGCAGGAAGCUUGUGGAUCUCUAUCACCAAAACAAGGAUUACUUACAGGUUGCACGAACAUGGUAUGAACUCAUCAAGAUGAAACAAGAUGAAGAUGUGAAGGCCAAUGAACUCCAUGAGCUGUGGAAGAAGAUGACUCAGUUAUUAGGGGAUGGUGUAGAGAACCACGAUAGUGAGACACAACAGCUGCUAAUAACUGCAUAUGAAAAUGCAAUCUCCGGUGUGGACGAGGUUCCAAGUGAGGAACAUAAAGCACUUUAUCAACACUUCAUCCGCUGUUUGUCUAAGCUUUCUCUUGAAGAAAUAAAGCUGAAGGAAGCUUGUGACAAGAUGAUCGAGGUUUAUCCAACCUUCUGUUAUCCAUUAGAAGUCCUCGCUUUGCAUUACAUUAAGUGUGAUGAUACCAGUGAAGAGGCUUUCAAUUGUUACAGCAAACUUGUGGACAUAGAACCCUCAAAUGGACCGGGGCUCAUCGGAAUGGGGAUCAAAGCACUGUAUGAUAAAAAGUAUGAAUUGGCUUCGGACAACCUUUCGCAAGGAUUACAGAAGAUAAGCUCAGUUCCCUCUGCAUGGCGUCACCUUGCGCAGACCCAGCUGAAAAUCCACAAAUACGCCAAGGCAGUAGCAUCUUGUGACCAAGCUCUUAAAGCUUUUACGCAGGAUAACCUACCACCCAAAGACAUUCUACAGAAAAACACAGUCCUCCAGUUGAAAACAAUAGCUUUGGUAGAAAGCAUUGAGCCAUCCUGGGCAGAUGAUGCACUGCAAACCAUUGAACAGAUUUUAAACGGAGAGCAAGAUCCCGUGCUUUGUACUCUGAAAGGUCGGGCAUAUCUAAAGAAAGGCUCGGAGGAGCUGGCUUUACAGAUUUUAAAAGAGCUUAAACUGUCUCACCCGCAGUCUGUGGAAACCUAUUUCCUUGAGGGGCAAAUUUGUUAUAAUCAGAAAAACUACACUGGGGCAGAAAAAUGUUUUCAGAAUGCCAUAGAAAGAAAACCAGAUGUUGGAAGUUACUACUACUACCUGGGACUGACCUAUUGGUUUAUGAGUGAAGAAACCAAGAGGGACAAAACAAAGGCCAUCACUCAGUUUUUAAAGGCUGCUAAACUGGAUCCAUAUAUGCCCAAAGUAUUUUGUUAUUUGGGCCAUUAUUAUAAAGAAGUAGCUGGUGACAAAAACCGUGCUCGCGGCUGUUACAAGAAGGCAUUUGAACUUGACGGGAGCGACGGUGAAGCGGGAGCCGCAGCCGUUGAUAUUAGUAUGGAACUUGGAGACAUGGACUCUGCAUUAGCCAUUUUGUCCAGUGUAACGGAACGAGCAAGUGCGGGCACGGCGAAAUGGGCAUGGCUUCGACGUGGCCUCUUCUAUUUGAGAGUUGGUCAGCAUCCAAAAGCAGUGGCAGACUUACAUGCUGCUCUGAGAGCUGAUCCCAAGGACUCAAACUGCUGGGAGUGUCUAGGAGAAGCUUAUCUGAGCAGAGGUGGCUACACAACAGCAUUGAAGUCUUUUAUGAAAGCCAGCGAAUUAAACCCAGACUCUGUGUAUAGCAGUUAUAAAAUAGCAUCAAUCAAGCAAAUCCUGGGCAUGUACAAAGAGGCAGUUACUGAAUACCAGCUGAUUUUAAGCAAAUCUGCAGAUUAUGUGCCAGCACUUAAAGGUCUUGGAGAAUGUCAUCUCAUGCUUGCAAAGGCUGCUCUUGCAGACUUUUUGGACGCUAGGGCAGUGUGUUCCAUAGAAAAAGCUUUACAAUUUCUAACCCGGGGCAUUCAGGAGCGUCCUGACCUUGUGUGUCUUUGGAAGCUGCUUGGCGAUUCUUGCACCUGUUUGCAUUUAGUUUCACCAGCUAAAGUCGCUGUACAUGUUCCAGGAGCGUUGUUUGGGCAAAACCAGGGUUUACAACUCACUGACAAAUCAAACAUCUUGGAACUAGGGGGGAGGUGUUAUGGACGGGCUCUCAAGCUUCAGCCUAGUGCUAACCUAUGGUGUGAUCUCGGCAUUAAUUAUUAUUAUCAAGCACAACAGUCACCGGACUCUGACAGCAAAACGGAUGGUCCUGGGGACUUACUGGAGAGAUCACUGCAGUGUAUCAAAAAAGCAGUGAUGGUAGAUAGUGGAAAUCACAAGUACUGGAAUGCCCUUGGUGUGAUAUCUGGCUCCAAAGGUGUCCGUGACUAUGCUCUAGCACAACAUGCAUUCAUCAAAUCCAUCCAGUGUGAGCAAAAUAAUGUGACUGCUUGGACAAACUUGGGUGCUUUAUACCUGAUAAAUGAAAAUAUUGAGCUGAGCCAUGAAGCCUUCAAAGUAGCUCAGUCCCUUGAACCAAACUACGUGAGAUGCUGGAUUGGACAGGCUUUGGUAGCCGAAACUGUUGGGAGCUAUGAAACCAUGGAUCUUUUUAGACACACCACAGAAAUCUGCAUGCACGCAGAGGGUGCAAAGGGAUAUGCUCACUGGGUCUGUACUAUACUUCAAGAUAAGAGCAAAAGGAAUACAGAUUUAUAUCGUGUAGGCAUUGUUCAGAUGAACGCCAUUACUGCAGCUCAUCUGGCUUUAACCAAAUAUACAGAACGGAUUGACAGUGACGCCGCUGCUUUUUCAAUGUUGGGGUAUUUAAAUGAACAUUUAAACCUGAAAACGCAGGCCAAUGAAGCAUACCGCAGAGCAACACUGAUUAUCCGAGAUAUGGAAGACAAAGAAAGAUAUAACAUUGCACUUCGCAAUUAUGGCCGAACACUAUGUGCUAUAGGUCGUUAUGAUGAGGCUAUUAAAGUCUACCUUACCACCCCGCUGACUGAGUUUGAUGACCUCACUGGCGUUGCUCUGGCAUAUUUCAAGAAAGGACUUCUACAAGAGAGUGCAAAAGCUUACAAGAAGGCCUUGUCUGUGGCCAAGUCUGAGCAAGAGAAAGCUCACAUCCUCAUAGCUCUGGCAAUCCUUGAAUACAAGCAAGGUGAAGUUGAUUCUUCCAAAACUCUUCUGUUUAAAUGCUCAGUUUUGAAGGAACCAGUCAUUGAAAGUCUUCAAGCUUUGUGUGCGUUGGGUCUGGCAAAACGUGAUGUUACUUUAGCAACUGCUGCUCUCAAUGAGCUGUUGAAACAUGCCAAAAUUAAAGAUGAAGUGUACGAAAGAUGUUUAAUUACAUCUGCCAUUUAUGCCUUGCAAGGGAGAAGCACUGUGGUACACCGGCAAGCCUGCAAGUCAAUACACAGUCAUCCUGGAAAUCCUGAGCUGUGGUCCUUAUUAUCGAGGUUGGUUCCUCAGUAUGCCCCCAGAAAUGCCAAGGGGGGAGCAGUUGCUGGAGCAGUAGCACACGUCCUUAACUUAAAUAAGGCAAAGUCUUCGCUAUUGUACGCAGCAAUAAACGGAAUAGCAGCCGGGACGCUUUCUGCUGAGGACAAUAAGCAAAAUCCUGUGAAAACCCUGCAGAGAUCUGCUCUUUACUUCCCAGAUAAUCCCGCUGUGUGGGCUGGGUUAAUGGCCGCCUGCCAAGCUGAAUGUGCAGCAUCCUAUCUCAAUAACGUGAAAUCCAAAAGACACAAUGUUAAUACAGCGCUUGUAGCCUCUGUGAAAUCAAAGACUGAAAGAUUAAAUAACCUUCCGGCUAGUUAUGCGCAUUCUUUGGAUAACUGGUCUUUGCGUCAAGCUGUCACCGUGUUAAACGAUCAAGGCAGGAUUUCAGAAGCCGAGGCCCUGUGCACUAAGGCAUUAAAGAGCAAUCCUGAGCAGCCAGCUUUGCGUUUGCUGCUGAGACAGAUUCAGUUCACACAGCUCUUCCAGUCCAAGCCUGUGUUCUCCGAGCCCCUGCAGGAAGAACUGAAGAAAACUGUAAUGUCUAACUUUGCGUCACACGGUGCCUGGCAUUGGCUGGCCGAGGUUUACCAGUCCCAGGGAAUGAUGACUGAUGCAGAGAUGUGCUACCGGAAGAGUUUACAGCUGGCAUCGCAACAAGGCAGCUGGAACGGGAAGCUGUCCAGUCUCCUGCGCUUAGCCCUUCUUGCACUCAGAGCUUGCAUGGCAAAGUCUCCCGAUAGUCACUGGCCAGCCCUUCUUCAGGAGGCUACAAGUGAAGUUCUAAAAAUGACCUCAUGCCCUCUCGCUAUUUUACUCCAAGGAAUAAUGCAGUUCAGCACAAAGGGAUCACGGAAAACACGCCAACUUCUGGAAAAAGUGGUUUAUCGUGGCGGCGGUAGUGAGACCGUCAUAUCAGUUGCCCGCUGGUACCUGUUGAGGCAUUUACACGCCAAAAAUGACGAUGAGUUAAUUGAUGUGCUUUUAAAUAAUUCCGAGAUGAAUGGAGACAAGAAAAUCCUUGAUCUGCACAAGAAACUGUCGGAAGUGUCAUAAUUUAUUGUUCCACUGAUCAACUGGAACUAUGAAACAACUUUUUUUUUUUUUUAUCUCCGUACCAGGCAGUUUCCCCACUUGUGUUCCAUCCAUUAAUUUGUGAUGCUGUUGCCAACAACUGGUGAUAUAUGUGUAAUUGUAUACAGCGAAUCUAUGCAAGAAGCAAAAUACGUCUGCACAGUAACCCUUGCUUCUUUACUACAUAAAAUCUCCAUUGUUUCCAAUUAUUUUGCUGACGGUCUACAAACCUGGUGUCAGACCCCAUUGACAGCUAAUUAUCCCGUCCAUACACAGCAGAGAUGUUCUGGCGUAUUGGUGGGUCAGGCGGACAGGUUUAAAGGACAUUGGUUUUAUAAAUACAAUUCAGAAAGAUAAGCAGAAUUCAGCAGCUCAACAAGCCCCGUUAUGUUCCCGCAGUCAGUCAUUCUGACUUCUCACGUUCUCUUCUAUCCCACUUCUGCUGAACAUCACUGUGCUUUAACAAAAGCAUGAGAACCUCUAACGCGCAUUUAGUAAAAUAAAUAAACUGUUUUCAGCUAAUAUAUUCGAUCAAACACAAAAGCAGAGUGCCCAGGGCGGUGGCUUGCUGUGUGUUGCCUUGACGGAUAGUUUAUACACAUUUGAAUCCUAUCUGUUGCCAUCACAAACAUCUCUAUGCUAGCAUGAAACACACUGGUUAGUUACGGUGAGCAGCUGUCUACAGCACUGAGGUCACUUACUGUGUGAAGUCACAUUGUUGAAACUUUACUUGGUACUUAAAGGGACACUCUAGGCACCAAAACAACUUUAGCUUAAAUAAUCCGUUUUGGUGUAUAGAUCAUGACCUCAUGCCCAUGCAGUUUUACUUGCAUUGCUGCCUAGUAACACCUCUAGGUGCAGUCACUCAGGAGGAAACAAGAGAUGCUUCCUAUUUCAGUGCUGCACAAUGUGCAGAAUCUAUGUUCAGCAUCUCCACAUUCUGCACUGAGCGCUCCCCGUAGAGAUGCAUUGAUUCAAUACAUUCCUAGGAGGAGAUGCUGAUUGUUGCAGUGCAUUAUAUUACCACGCAUGCACAAUAGCCUCCCAAUGCUUUCCUAGUGAGACCAGUGUGGCAAUGGAGAAAAGGUGAGUAAAACUACCUUUUAACUCCACUCUGAAGGGAGCCGGGUACCUAAACGGCGACUCCAGCAAUACAGUAUUAGGAAUAAAGGUUUAUAUUAACAACGCUAUAGUGUUCCUUUAAGCUUUCAGUGCCCUUGAUAUGUCAGUAUAGCCACAAACAUGUCUUUAGAUUUCCAUUGUCUGGAAGGGGUUACUGUCCUGCGGCUUUGACAUGCGAAUGUUAUCGGCUUCAGUCUUAAAACUGUUGGACAAUUUAUAACUUGUUUGUCAACAAACUGAGAGAAUACAUCACCUUGUAUGAUGUUAACUUUCAUGGAAGUUAAUGUGAUAAAUUUAAAUGAAAAGAAAAAUACAUUAAUUAGCACUGAUUUCACAUUUGUUAAUUGCAAGGAUUCUGCUGUAGACAACUCAUCAAAUCUUUUUUUGUAAAGAAACCUAUUACAUAUGGGUACAAAGUCAAAUAUAUCCGCUAUAUGGAACAACACUUCUGCCAAUAAACUACAGUCGGAAUAUGUAAA